AUGAUGAAAAAUUUAAUUUUUCUUGUAUUGGCAACGGUCUGCGGUUUAUUGUGUCUGGUUGCUGGCGAAUCAUUCGAUGAAUGUGAAGGCGUGGACCCAGGAACAUAUGUCGCCAGUUCACAAAGUUGUUCAGCAUUCAUCUACUGUGAUGGCGAAGAUUCGAUUUUAGACGAAUGUGAAGAUGGUCUAUAUUUUGAUGGUGAAGAAUGUGAUGAUAAGGACAAUGUUGAGUGUCCAUUGGACAAUGCCAAUGGCGGUGAUGGCGAAGAGGAAAAUGGCGAUGGUGAAGACGAGGAACCUGAAGAAGCUCCAGAAGAAGAAGUAAUUCAGCCAAGUAAAACCACUCCAGCGCCAGCUACUGUCGUUGCAACGAUCGCGCCCACAACGCCAGUCUACAAUCCAGCGGAAAUUCUCGAUGUACCUCCCAUUGUAAUGGACACCUGUCCGCCAAGUGAUGAUCCAAAUCAAAUUGUGCUCAUCAGCAACAGUAACUCCUGCUCGGAUUAUUAUGUCUGCUAUCAUGGUAAUGCCAUUGCUAUGCACUGUAUGGAUCACCUGCAUUUCAAUGUCGCCACGGGCAAAUGUGAUUUUCCUGAAAAUGCCAAAUGCAAAGUGACGCCCACGGAAUUCAAUAAGUGCCUGCCUCACAUGUCAGAAUUCUUCCCCCAUCCCACAAAGUGUAACUACUUCUAUUACUGCAUCAAAGGAUAUCAAACAUUGCAACAGUGUCCAUUCUACUAUGGCUGGGAUGUUGAAAAACGAACGUGCAUCCGCAUGUCCCAGGCCAAAUGUUACAAUAGUAGUUCAUAA